GUGAAAGUGUUAAACAAGCACAAUGGCUUGGUUAAUCGUCUACCCGGCGGUGGCCAUGUUGGCCAUGUUUAUCGUACUGAUCAUUAUGGUGAUCUUGCGGUACGGUGCCCAGCUCUGUCGGCUGCGCCACCAUGCCCUGCCGGACGAUCAGGAUAUGCGCGAUCAGGCGUACGAUCAGAAGGUUAGCUACGCCUGACACACCA